CUGGUCCAAGGCCCUUCGACCAGCCAAUCAGAUGCUGCGUAACGUACGCACGCACGCACCUACAGCCUGCGUACGUGCCCGGUUGCAUGGUUUGUGCUUCCACUGUUUUCUAUGUUGUCGCAUAUUAUUCACCUUCUUAUGGGUGUUAUCUCGUGUUUAAGGAGCUUUGGAGCGUGGCACGGCUUGAAUGUGUCGUGCGACAACAGUUAGCCCAGUGAAAAAGAUGUGAUAGGCAGACAGGCUAACGACUUGUGAACAAGCUGCUAGCUACUUUUAGCUUGUUAAGCUCAGCUGGAAAAGUCCGGUUCUGCCAAAUAUGGUUAGAAGAAUCACUAGUUAGCAUCAAGGUUACUGCUGUCCUUGGUGUUUUAGUGCUGUUCUGAGGAGAUACUUGACUCGGACAGUUAAAUCUUAACGUUUUCAUCUAGCAACACGGGGCGAGCGUGGUGGUGACCGUCCUUGACAGCUGAGUGCGCGUGGAUCUCACUUGACUGUGAAACAUCUGUCGAGUACUGACAGGAGUCAGUAUGUGCGCUCCCUAACAGCUGCACAACCCAGGACCCUCAGUAACUCUAACCGGACCUUUGUGAAGUUUUUGGUUGUAGGUUCAUUUAAUAAGGAUGGCUCGCCGUUCGGUGCUGUGCCACGGGAGUCGAGCCAUCAGCCUGUUGUAUGGGAACACUCUUCGCCCCCUCCACGCUUCAGUAUGCAGCGCAUCACCACAACCGAAAGCUGGGUUCAAACCAGAAAAGGUAGCAGUGGUCACAAAGACUACGCGGUAUGAGUUUGAACAGCAGCGGUAUCGCUAUGCAGGAGUUUCUGAAGAAGAUCUAAAGCAGUUGCUUGCUAUGAAGGGCUCCAGCUACAAUGGCCUGCUGGAAAGACACAACAUCCACACUAGCAAUGUGGAGCACAUUGUGAAGAGCCUGCAGAGAGAAGGCAUUACUGUACAAGUGGUAAAAAGAGGAGAAUACAAUGAAGAUGUAGUGCGGUGGGCAGAUGCCAUUGUCUCUGCUGGAGGUGAUGGAACGAUGCUACUUGUGGCCAGUAAGGUUUUUAGCAAAGACAAACCAGUCGUUGGAGUUAACACAGACCCUGAAAGGUCAGAAGGUCAUCUGUGCCUGCCUGUGCGAUACACUCGUGCCUUCCCAGAGGCACUGGAGAAGCUGUGCCGUGGUGAGUUCAGGUGGCUGUGGCGUCAGAGGAUCCGUCUGCACUUAGAGGGCACAGGAAUAAAUCCCAAUCCAGUGGACCUCCACGAACAGCAGCUCAGCCUGGAACAGCACAACCAAGCUCACCGCUUCACCUCCAUGGACAACCUAAACAGGACAGGAACACUACACGAGACCUUCUACAAGCCUAGCCUUCUCCCUGUUAGAAGCUUAAAUGAAAUCUUCAUUGGAGAAUCUCUGUCUUCCAGGGUGAAGUUAAAAUCCUUCAAACCCCAUGUUAACCUCUUGCUCCAUAGGGCUUCCUACUACGAGAUCUCCGUGGAUGAUGGCCCAUGGGAAAAACAGAAGAGUUCUGGACUGAAUAUUUGCACAGGAACAGGAUCCAAAGCCUGGUCAUACAACAUCAAUAAACUUGCUGAACAAGCAGUGGAAGAAGUUCUAAAAAUUGGGAAAUCCCAGUCAGGUCUGGAUAUCCCACUUAACCAAGAAUUAAUUGAAAAAGUUACAGAGGAAUACAACAAGUCUCUGGUGUUCAGCCCAGAUGACAGCCGUUUGUUCUACAGCAUCAGGGAGCCCAUCGUGAACAGGGUCUUCUCCAGCAGUCGACAGAGAGGCUUUGCCACAAAGUUGUGUGUCCGUUCCCGCUGUUGGGAUGCCUGCAUGGUGGUGGAUGGUGGGACUUCCUUUGAAUUCAACGAUGGUGCUAUCGCUACAAUCAGCAUGAGCGAGGAGGACCAGCUCCGGACUGUUGUGUUAGAAAACUGAGACAAGUCUGACUAUCUCUCAAAUUAACAGUGUUCACAAGUGGAUGUGUUCAAAGGGAAGUAUUUGUCCUUAGCUUUUGUUUUAUUAUAGAUAUUUUUCCAAAAAAAAAGAAAAAUCCCCAUUUACACUUUCUUUUCAUUUUUAAUCUUUGUGUCACUAUUCCAAGCUACAAAGAUGAUGAUUCAUUUUUUAGAUACCGUUUCUGGUUAUAUUAUAUGGUAUAUAUAUAUACAUAUAUACGGUAUAUCAGCAUAAGCCCUAAAGUGAGCAGUGAAACUAAGGCCAAGAUGAAAGAAAGUUAAAAACUCUUUGUAGCCCUGAAGUCUUUUGGAAACGUCAGACAUAAAAGCUACACCGAUCCAGCAGACUGUUUGUGAAUAUUGCCCCACACUGAAACAGGACAAAGAUUUUGAUGUGGUUUCACACUACUGAGUGAGCUUUAAGAAUAUGGGCAAAGUUAUUCAGAGUUAUUGUUGUCAACAAAUCCAAAUUACUCUGCCUCAAGUUUAUAAUUUAUUGCUGAAUACACAAAAACCUUUAAACAGAACAUGGCUGCAGAUUUCUAAGGAUUUCAAACUUCUGAUAUUGAUAUAUCAGAUGAUUCUUUAUAUACAUGCAUUAGGAUUAGGACAGUGUUACACUUUGACUUCCUGAUGAUCACUACUGAUAGCAUAACUUGAGCUGAUUACAAUAAAAUGCUUGACUCGUGUGAGGAACUUUCUGGGAAAUUGAAGAUGAAAUGAAAGUGCAGGAGCGUGGGGAGAGUGUAACCAUAAAUGUACAAAACCACACAAUAACAUAAUUGUUAUUGAAUGUAUCUAAUGACAAUUGGUAUUUCAGUUUUCAAUUUUUGCUUUUUACCAUGUUACAUUAAUUGUUACAUCUCAAAUCUCUCUAUAUAUUAUGUAGGCUAAAAGCAAUCAUUAUAAGGGCAAUUUUCAAACUGAUUAGUAACCUACUGUACCACCAUCUGGCUCUGUGAUGCGUUCCUGUUUCAUGUGAUGCGCAGUGCUAAGCAGACUGUGGAAGCAAAGCCCCCUGCUGGUCAAACUGUGACAGGGUUUUUAACACCCCACCAAAACAAAACAGUUUUAUUAACACUCAACAUAUGUACUGAUGGCACAACUAGCAUGGAACUUCUUUUCUGUUCCUACAGACCACUCAAAGCACUCCAUUUUAAAUACACUAUAUAUUUGGAUAUGCUGUGUUAAGUUAUUAUCAGCCAAUACUAUAAGCUAGCCAACUGUCUUCAGUGGUGGAUUAAUCCACAUUUCCUACUCAUCCUACUAUCUACUAUCCUAUAAAUUGAGGGGGAAAUAAUCUACAGGAUGUCUUGAUGGUAAUGAAAGAACAUUCACUAAUGCAUUUAACCUAAGUUUGUGGCCAACUGUGGGAUAUGCUACAUCCCGCUUUGGUACACAGUAUUUGUUACCAGGAGACCGUCUCUGUUGGUUUCAGGGCCUCGUUAACACUAGAGAAAAAUCUAGAUUCAUCAAUCCAUGUCCUUUCCAAGCAUAUAUUCACUUGCGCUGUAAGUUUUAUAAUUGUAAAUGUAUGCAGAGGACUUGAAGCACAGCGGCUUGCUGAGUAAAGAUAUUUUUGGAAUAUAGUGUCUAUUUUUUCUAGCUGUCUGAGCCACGCAGAACGGUAAGUUUUAGAGAAAAGAUGUAGUGCAGCAAAGAGAACUCCAUGUUUAAAGGGGUUUUUCUUUUUCUCUGGUAGAGUUAAAGGGGCUGUUUUUUGACACUUCCUAAGACAGGAAACAGUUUUGUCUGUGGUGGGCAUAACUAAAGUUAUAGGUGAAACAGUAUCUGAUGGAUACAAAAUUAUUUUUAACCCAACAAAUCUCUUGACUUGGAGCGUUCUUGCAAAAACCAUGUUCUGUUUGAAAAGUUAUCUGGAAAGUGUAACAUGCACCAUGCCAAAGGCAAGUUUCCCUAUGGAAACACACUCUGCUGGAAUGUGUUUUGUUUUGGAACUCGAUAAAGUGAUAUGAAAUACAA